CGUCUUAAAGGAAUCGCGUCUUUUUUCAGUCCAGCUGGAUUCCCCACCUUUAUCGGAGCGGUCGGUGUGUUUGGUGUUGAGGAGUAAAGAUGAAGCGGAGGCUGCGGAGUGUUUUGUUUGGGGGAGAGUGAGUUUAAGGGGGGUAAAUAUGUCCGCGGCCGAGCAGAGCUCGUGGCUGCGGGCCGAAGUGGAGCGGCUGUCCCGGGAACUGAGCGAGACGACCCGGGAGAAGAUCCAGGCAGCGGAGUACGGGCUGGCCGUGCUGGAGGAGAAGCAGCAGCUCACACAGAGAUACGAGGAGCUGGAGGGAGAAUAUGAGGCCCUCAGACACGAACUGGAGCAACUCAGAGAGGCGUAUGGCCAGGCCCACUCCAACCAGCGGAAGGUUGCGGCGGACGGAGAGAGCCGGGAGGAGUCCCUGAUCCUGGAGUCGGCGUCUAAAGAAGCCUUCUACGAGCAGAGGGUCCAGGAUCUCCAGGCCGAGCUGCGGCAGGCCAGAACCACAAUGACCAGCACGCAGAGCGAAAACGAACGACUAGCCACCCUCGCCCUGGAGCUGAGGGAGAGUAAUGAGCUGGUGGAGCUGCAGCGCGCUCGUCUGCGUGAUGAUAUCAGGGAGUAUAAGGUUCGAGAGUCGCGUCUGCUGCAGGACUACACUGAGCUGGAGGAGGAGAACAUCAGUCUGCAGAAACAAGUCUCACUGCUCAAACAGGGACAGGUGGAGUUCGAGGGUUUGAAGCAUGAGAUCCGGCGGCUGGAGGAGGAGGCGCAGUACCUCAACAGCCAGCUGGAGGAGGCUAUCCGGCUGCGAGAGAUCGCCGAGCGCCAGCUGACCGAGGCGCUGGAGACGGUCAAGACGGAGCGUGAGCAGAAAGCGGCUCUGCGGAAAGAGUUGACCAAUCACAUGACCCUCGGAGACUCGCUCCUAGCUAGCUCGCUGGACACAUUCAAACUGGGCCUGGACGAGCCUAAUAACGACGAGGCCGUCCGCGCCUUCGAAAAUGGCUUCGCUAAGAUGGUGGACAGCGAUGAAGACAACAGGUCGUCCACUCCGAAGAAGGGAGAGAGGUUCCGGCCGGCGCCCAGCCUGGUGGAUGAUCUGCUGAGCGAGCUGAACAUCUCGGAGAUCCAGAAACUCAAACAGCAGCUCCUGCAGGUGGAGCGAGAGAAGGUGGCCCUCCUGUCCACUCUGCAGGAGUCUCAGAAGCAGUUGGAGCAUGCUCGCGGGACACUGGCGGAGCAGCAGGAGGCGAUGGUGAGGCUGAGCGAUGACCUGGGCGCCAUGCGGAGGCUCCAUGCUGGAAAAGAGCGUCAGUCUGCGCUGGACAGCGAACGUGAGCGGGACAGCCGCGAGGAAGGAGACGUGGAUUAUUACGAGCUGGACAUCCACGGCCCGGAGAUCCUGCGCUGUAAAUACGAGGUGGCUGUAGCUGAGGCUGGCGAGCUGAGGGAGGAGCUAAAGGUGCUGAAGGCGGAGCAUGAGGAGGUGAGGGCAGAGCAUGCGGAGGUCCAGGAGCGGCUGGAGAGCCAGGUGCGUGAGCUGAGCACCCAGGUGUCCCAGCUGGAGAGCGGAGGCCGAGCAGAUCGGGAGCAGCUGGCCCGGCUGCAGAGGGAGCUGCAGGAGGCCAGUGCGCUGGCGGGCGAAUCGCAGGGGGCACUUAGCGUGGCUCAGGACGAGCUGGUGGCCUUCAGCGAGGAGCUGGCCAACCUGUACCACCACGUCUGCAUGUGCAACAACGAAACGCCCAGCCGCGUCAUGCUCGACUUCUACAAAGAGGGUAAAGGUGCUGACGGCAAAGCAAACCGUCCAACUUCCACUCAGACGCCCGCUGGCUCAGAUUCAGCCGCCGUCUCGGAGUCCUCAACCAACGCCACAGACAGCGCCCCCGCUGGCCCAGCGCGGGAAGACUCCAAAAAAGAGCCGAUGGACGUUUAUAACCUGGUGGCCAUCAUCCGGGACCAGAUCCGGCACCUCCAGCAGGCGGUGGACCGCACCACUGAGCUUUCCCGGCAGAGAGUGGCCUCUCUGGAGCUGACCACUGUGGCUGAUAAAGACCAGACGGCCUACAUGGAGGAGAUCCUGAAGCUCAAAUCCCUGCUGAGCACCAAACGAGAACAGAUUGCCACACUGAGGACCGUGCUCAAGGCCAACAAGCAGACGGCAGAGGUGGCCCUGGCCAAUCUGAAGAGUAAAUAUGAGAACGAGAAGACUGUUGUCACAGAGACGAUGAUGAAGCUGAGGAAUGAGCUGAAGGCUCUGAAAGAGGACGCAGCCACCUUCUCCUCCCUCAGAGCCAUGUUCGCCACCAGGUGUGAUGAGUACGUGACUCAGCUGGAUGAUAUGCAGAGGCAGCUGGCGGCGGCGGAAGAUGAGAAGAAGACGCUGAACUCGUUGCUCCGCAUGGCCAUCCAGCAGAAGCUGGCUCUGACCCAGCGUCUGGAGGACCUGGAGUUCGACCACGAGCAGUCUCGCAGAGGCAGUAACCCUGCCGCCCGGGGAAAAGGGCCUUUCUCACGGGGAAAAGGGCCGGCCUCGUCCUCCAGUCCGUACUAAUUUUAGUUGCCAAGGAGAAAAGUGGUUAGUCCCUGACUGCAAAAGCAAAUCGUCCUGCCAGUGACAGUCCUGCUCCAGAACGCUUCAGACUUCACGCAGUUCCUUCCCUGACUUAGACAUGCAGGCAAAUGAGCUUAAUAAUGAUGUCAUUAUUAUUAUUAUUAUUAUUAUCAUUAUUAAGGCCAUGCAGUCCAGUUCACAGUAUUGUCAACACUUUUGUUUUCUUCUUUAUUGGUUUAAAUUUUUCCUCUUUAGUUUAACUGCACUUUUGGCAUCUCUCAGCAUUAUGUAAGACAUUUCCGUGUCUACCACUCGUUGAAUUUUAUGUAUUUAACAUAAAUGAUAAUAUAAGUAUUGUUUUUUGUUUUGAUUUUAACUCUAUUAUGGACUUGCUUGCCAUAUUCUGAAAGAAACCCAGGGAAAAACUAGUCACAGGUUCAGUAAUGUAUGUAUGUCUUAUUCUAUUCGAUAGCCAAGCAGCACAAUUCAUUGUCACGUUGUGUUUUGAGGAUUUUGUGAUUCAACCCUGAAGGAAAAACUACGUUUCGUUACUCCAGGAAGCGCUGGAGUGCGUUUCGGAGUGGAUCGCCACAACGCUGGCUUCAGUACAAGCAAAAACCUCUCUGUCCGCUUCAGAUCUCGGCAAGUAUUUGGACAAGGUCAGGAUUGGGUUUUAAAACGCCGGAGAAGUCUCCAUUUCAGACCACUCGUGCCUUUUAUUAAACUAUUAACAUAUUUUCUAAGGAGCUGGAGAGAAACAGUCUUCAGUGUUUAGUCUUUUUGUUUUUUUUCAGGUUGUCGUGCGACAGUGUUAAACUCUGUCUGCUUGUAAUCAGUGUAUUAAAGUGGACGCAGGGCUAUUGUGAUAAAUAGUCUGUAUUAAAUCGAUUAUGUGUACUAGUGGAUGGUUGGCAUUGGAGGGAAAGUCCACCAGUUUUUCAGAAUUUCCACAUAACUCACUUGUUAACUCACAAAGUCAUUCAGAGUGGUUUGGUGUGAAAUGGUUCAGACGUCUAUACAGUGGUGGUGAUGGGAACCAGGGGUCGCCAUGACUACAACACAAAUAUAUACACUUUAUUUACUACCAGUGAACCUACUCUUCUGAGUUUUAUAUGGAAUGUUGAUGAUGGUAAAAUAUCAUAAAUCUGAAAAAAAUAAGUUUUGUUUGGGGACUAUUUUGCCUCACAGCUCCCUACAUGUAUCCCUCCAUCAUGAAUCGAUCAUGAAGGCAUCAGGCAGCCUUAACUAAAAAAAACAGUGAACCAGCCUUGUGACCAGAAGGUUGCCUGUUUGAUCCCCUGAGCUGACAGUACGUGACUGAAAUGCCCUUGAGCAAGGCACCCAACCCCCAACUGCUCCCUGGUCGCCAUGGAUAGGGCUGCCUACCGCUCUGGGCAAGUGUGCUCACUGCCCCCUAGUGUGUGUGUUCACUAGUGUGUAUGUGGUGUUUCACUGCACGGAUGGGUCAAAAUGCGGAGAUGAAAUUUCCCCGUUGUGGGACUAAUAAGGGUCACUUAACUAUUCAUAACCAUUUCAUGUAGUAACUCUCUGUGAGGGAGCUUUUAGAGGUGGACGUCUGGUUCCUAUCACCACCACUGUGAACAAUUCUCACUCCUAGAAUGCAGCAUUUCACUCCAAACCACUCUGAGCAACUCUUGUUUACAUCCUAACCACUUAGUUCUGCAGACAUUUAAAAACAAACGUGGAAUUUCCCUUUAAAUGUCACUCUUUUUGUUGUGAAACUGUUACUAAUCUCAUCUUUUUCAGCUGAGCAGAAAUCCUACAGGAUUUUUGUGCCAUUUCAACUGAGGUUUUUCAAGACAGUGAAAGUUUAUUGGGAUAUUUUUCAAGUAUUCGAGUAUUCAGUAAUUCAUUUUCUGUUCAUUUCAGGCGGCUUUUGCUUUCUUUUUCUUUCUUUUUUUUUUGCACAUAUGGAAUAAUGUUACGUUUAUCGUAUUUAUUCAUAACCCUUGACGUCAGCUAACGUUAGCCUAUCACGUGUGUGUGUGUUGAGCUGAGUGGUGUAGUCUGUUGAAUGUCUUGCUGUGUUUUAUGUCUACUUGAAUUGCAGACCAGGCUGUGGUCGGCAGUCUGGCGCUUUUUUUAUUGCUAGCUAUGAAGCUGGAGGUAAUGCUCCAUUUUUUUAAUGGGAAAAAAACUUGUAUGGUCACUUCUGUGGUGCAUUUCAAGGGAAAGUUGAUAGGCUACUUGUCACAUGAGCCGUAACAGUGCAGCGUGUUAAGGUUCUCAUCUGGCAAAAUAAACCGGACUGAAAA